AUGCCCUCAGAAGCCAGAAACAAUCCCCAGCAAAAGCCGGCUGCGCGGCCGCGCAUUUCUGACCAAUGGAAUACCGCCAAUGGCGUCCCGGCUAAUCCCGCCCUCUCGCUGGUCCGGCGCAGGCGGAGGCGGUACCUGACUGAGGUAAUGCACGCUGCAGCGGCGCCGCAGAAGGAACGACGUAACGAGCUGGGCUGGGACGAGAGCUUCCAGGUUCCCGCCAAAUUACCGGUACCUAGCCCCCAGAGCACCGACCCGACCGACCUCAUUGAACUUGGUUAA